GGCCGGCAUGGAGGCGGGCGGGGGCCGGGGGCGGGCGCGGCCCCUCCCCCGUCACUUCCUGCCAGGCUGCGGGCCCCGAGCCGCUCUUCAGCGUUUGCGCUGGCUGUCGUCGCGUCUGUGUGCGCUCCCCCUUCUUCUGAGCCCCGGCCUGGCGGCGCCCGCCUUCGCCUCCGCCACUCCGCCUCUUCCCUCCUCUGGUCGGUCCCUUUUUCCUCGCCGUCUUCACUUGCUUCUUCACCUCCUCGCCGCCGCCCAAGACCGCCGGCCCCGGGACGAGCUCUGGGGAAGCAGCCAGAAAGUAUAGCUUCUACCAUUGAGCUCAAUGCACUGUGUGUGAAACUGGAAAGAAAACCAAUGUAUAAGCCCGUGGACCCUCACUCUCGGAUGCAGUCCACCUACAGCUAUGGCAUGCGUGGAGGUGCCUAUCCCCCCAGAUACUUUUACCCAUUUCCAGUCCCACCUUUACUCUACCAAGUUGAGCUCUCCGUGGGCGGACAGCAGUUUAAUGGGAAAGGAAAGAUGAGACCACCCGUGAAACACGAUGCCCCUGCCCGUGCGCUGAGGACUCUGCAGAGUGAACCCCUGCCAGAAAGGUUGGAGGUAAAUGGAAGAGAAGCAGAGGAAGAAAACCUCAAUAAAUCGGAAAUAAGCCAAGUGUUUGAAAUUGCGCUGAAGCGGAAUUUGCCUGUGAAUUUUGAGUCUUUCCUUCUGACACAGGUGGCCCGGGAGAGUGGCCCACCACACAUGAAGAACUUUGUGACCAGGGUUUCAGUUGGGGAAUUUGUAGGGGAAGGAGAAGGGAAAAGCAAGAAGAUCUCCAAGAAGAAUGCGGCCAGGGCUGUUCUGGAGCAGCUUAGGAGGCUGCCACCCCUCCCUGCUGUGGAGCGAGUGAAGCCCAGAAUCAAGAAGAAAAGUCAGCCCACCUGCAAGCUACAGACAGCCCCGGAUUAUGGCCAAGGGAUGAAUCCUAUUAGUAGACUUGCACAGAUCCAGCAGGCAAAAAAGGAGAAGGAGCCAGAGUACAUGCUCCUUACAGAACGAGGUCUUCCACGUCGCAGGGAGUUUGUGAUGCAGGUAAAGGUUGGGCAUCACACUGCAGAAGGAGUGGGUACCAAUAAGAAGGUGGCCAAGCGUAAUGCUGCUGAGAACAUGCUGGAGAUCCUGGGGUUCAAAGUUCCCCAGGCGCAGCCUGCCAAGCCAGCACUCAAAUCAGAAGAGAAGACUCCAGUAAAGAAACCAGGAGACGGAAGGAAAGUAACGUUUUUUGAACCUAGCCCUGGGGAUGAAAAUGGAACUAGUAACAAGGACGAGGAGUUCAGGAUGCCUUAUCUUAGCCAUCAGCAGCUGCCAGCUGGAAUUCUCCCCAUGGUGCCGGAAGUUGCCCAGGCUGUCGGGGUUAGUCAAGGACACCACACCAAAGAUUUCACCAGGGCAGCUCCAAAUCCUGCCAAGGCAACGGUAACUGCCAUGAUAGCCCGAGAGUUGUUGUACGGGGGCACCUCGCCCACAGCCGAGACCAUUUUAAAGAGUAACAUCUCUUCAGGCCACGUACCCCAUGGACCUCGCACUAGACCCUCUGAGCAACUGUACUACCUUUCCAGAGCCCAGGGAUUCCAGGUUGAAUACAAAGAUUUUCCCAAGAACAACAAGAACGAGUGUGUAUCUCUCAUCAACUGCUCCUCACAGCCGCCUCUCGUCAGUCAUGGCAUCGGCAAGGAUGUGGAGUCCUGUCAUGAUAUGGCUGCACUGAACAUUUUAAAGCUGCUGUCUGAGUUGGACCAACAGAGCACAGAGAUGCCAAGAACAGGAAAUGGACCAGUUUCAGCGUGAGUGCACACAUGCAGAAGGCAAUGGCAGUGUGGGUGAGCAGGUGCGGGAGGUGCUGAACCUUUUCUGGCCACAAACCAUUAUAAAACCCAACAUAUAUACUGAAAAUACUGAGAACUGCUUUGAAAAUUUGGAAUAUCUGAUAACUCCAGUGGGCCAAGACAUGGUGGAUAAAAAUGUGGCAAAGACGACAAGAAACUUCAGGUGGUAGCCCUGGUUGUGCUGGGCGGCUAGUGAUGAUGCUGUGCUCUGCCAUCCAUCCAGACAGAAACCAGCCCCAACGCCUCCAGUUCUGUUUUUGCAUCGUGACAAAGAGAGCACAGCCAAUUCUCAUGCUGGCUUCUUCAGAUACUUUGAAAAACCCGGACAGCCACACCAGAGAGGCCUUAUAGCGGCCCCGGAGCUAAACGCACCAGAGAAAAACCAGUGCUUCCUACUGCACAUGACUGACUCAGCUCCGCCACACGUAGCACCACUGUAACCACUGCUUUCUCUUCAAGUUUCAUUUUUUUCCUUUGAUUGAUACAACACUAUAAUUUUCAUUUCAGUUCCUUAGUCGUGUCUACUUACCUAGCAGUUUAGAAACUGUCAGUCAUGUAACUGGCAAGGAUCACAGCCCGGUUGGGUGGCAUUCUGUGCCUCUGGCUUGGCUGAACAGUUCUGGAAUUACCACCAGAAUCCUUGACUCCCUGCCCCUUGUAUAAAUUGGACAGCUUAGGACUUUUAAACUUUAGAUCAAAAGAUAUGGUCCUUUUUAACUUUAUUUUUAAGGAGCAGACUUUAAAAUGAGCCCUGACCUUUACCCAUUAUAACAGAAUUUGUCAAAAGGAGUGUUUCUUGAGGAGGUAGCUUUUUUUUACCACACUACAGGACAUUACCUGUAGGCCCAGAAGACUACAGGCUGGUGUCCCUAGAGGGCCCAAUACAGUCAAUUCCAACCUCUAAGUCGGGGAAAGGUGACAGGUUUCCUGGUGCUGGUGUGCACAGGGGCAGGCAGGUCAGCUGGCCUGGGGAAGAGCAUUGUGGCUCCUAGUGCAGCCCUGCUUCCACUCUUGGUUUAGCUGGAACCUUCCCACUCAUGGAAUAUAAGUAAACUCACUUUCUUUGUCACCAAUAAAUGGUAAUACUAAAUUUUUUUUGUUAAUUUAUUUUCAAAUGCCACUUCUAGAUCAAUCUUCUGGUUCAUCCCCCUCUCUACCUUUUUUUAAAAGAAGAGAAUAUUUCUUAGAACUUUAUAUUAAAAAUAAACAGCUACUAAGAAAGUCUUUUUCCAAUUGAGCAGUAACUGAAGAAAGUGUGAUAUGAGGGACUGGGAGUGGCCAGCUUGAGCCAGGCUGACUGAUGGAUGCUUGGCUGUGGAAUGUGUAAAAUGUAAUGGCUAAGAAUUCAGUAUGCACCCCUCUUCAAAAACUGCCAGGAGCCAGUAGUUCCUUUGAGGGAAUGUGUGUCAACUGGCCCUUGCCUACCACUGAGCCGCACCCCAGUGUCACAAUAUCUUAACAACAAAAAACAGAUCUAAAAACUACAUUGGAGAAUGGUAUCUCCCAAUCCUGACAACAUUUAAACAAAUGGGAACGAAGCAGUUCUCAACCUUCCCAAUGCCACACGUGGCCCUUUAAUAGUUUUUCAUGUUGUGGUGACCCCCAAAGGAAUCCUGGCCACAUGAGCUAUUGCUGAGGACAUGCUAUGGUGUGCUACAAUUAAAGUGCAAUAAAAUAUACCAAGUGGACAUGGUUCUGAGCGCCACAAGAGUUCCAUGCACAGCACACACAUCCAUGAAAUGAAAAUCACUAAAGCAGCAUUGUAGAAGGCUCUCCAGCCAUGCAGAACAUUAAAGGACCUACAAAUACA